GCUCACGUCCUCCAUCAUCAAAUCUCCCACCCACCAGGCCCUUCUCCCACCCACUUUCACAUCUUCUCUCACGAACCAAGUCGCCAAAAUGGAGGAUGAGGUAGCAGCGCUCGUCAUUGACAAUGGUUCCGGCAUGUGCAAGGCUGGCUUUGCGGGUGACGACGCUCCCCGUGCCGUGUUCCCGUCCAUCGUCGGCCGUCCCCGUCAUCAGGGUGUGAUGGUGGGUAUGGGCCAGAAGGACUCCUACGUCGGUGAUGAGGCUCAGUCGAAGCGUGGUGUCCUCACGCUCAAGUACCCGAUUGAGCACGGUAUCGUCACCAACUGGGACGACAUGGAGAAGAUCUGGCAUCACACCUUCUACAACGAGCUCCGUGUCGCACCCGAGGAGCACCCCGUGCUUCUCACUGAGGCCCCGCUCAACCCCAAGGCUAACCGUGAGAAGAUGACCCAGAUCAUGUUCGAGACGUUCAACGCCCCCGCGUUCUACGUCGCCAUCCAAGCCGUCCUCUCGCUGUACGCCUCCGGUCGUACGACCGGUAUCGUGCUCGACUCCGGUGACGGUGUCACCCACACUGUCCCCAUCUACGAGGGGUUCUCGCUCCCGCACGCCAUCCUCCGUAUCGAUCUUGCCGGCCGUGACCUCACCGAGUUCCUGAUCAAGAACUUGACGGAGCGUGGCUACCAGUUCCACACCACGGCCGAGCGUGAAAUCGUCCGUGACAUCAAGGAGAAGCUGUGCUACGUCGCGCUCGACUUUGAACAGGAGCUCCAGACCGCGGCGCACUCGUCUGCUCUCGAGAAGAGCUACGAGCUGCCCGACGGUCAGGUCAUCACGAUCGGCAACGAGCGAUUCCGUGCUCCGGAGGCGCUCUUCCAGCCCGCCUUCCUCGGCCUCGAAGCCGCCGGUAUCCACGAGACGUGCUACAACUCCAUCUACAAGUGCGAUCUCGAUAUCCGUCGUGAUCUCUACGGUAACAUCGUCCUGUCUGGUGGUACCACCAUGUUCCCGGGUAUCGCCGACCGUAUGCAGAAGGAGUUGACCGCCCUCGCGCCCUCGAGCAUGAAGGUCAAGAUCGUUGCUCCCCCCGAGCGGAAGUACUCCGUCUGGAUCGGUGGAUCCAUUCUCGCCUCGCUGUCGACCUUCCAGAACCUCUGGUGCUCAAAGCAGGAGUACGACGAGUCCGGCCCGGGCAUCGUGCACCGCAAGUGCUUCUAAGCGCGUUGCAUUCCGCGUGUGGUGUCGGUCGGUCGAGUGUCGAGUGUCGUCGGGACUGUGAGAAAGAAGGAAACAACAACGUCGAUGUAGAUGCCCCCUCCCCUUACGUUACGCUAC